AUGGAAGACAUCCUAUCUCAAGCUCCGACUAUCCCCUGGGCACAUUCUUGUGUUUGCUGCGAGAGAGUGACGAUGGUACAUGACUCUAGCGGCAACCAUGUAACGUAUAAUCAAAAUGGUGCAGGCGAAAUUGCGACUUUUGACCUGAGCUUCAGUCAGGUUUUGGCUCAGGCAGAACAGGGUUGCGCUUUCUUCAAGCAUUGCGUAACGAGGCUUGCAGAUUUCCAACCUGACAAUGAAUUUAGACUCAGUAUUGGAAACUGUGCCAAUGACGAAGAAGAUAUAAAUUUUUUGAGUAUUGAUUGGUAUAUCUCCAGAAGCGGCCACCCAAUCAUUGAUGAGGAGGAGAACGAGAUGAUGGUAUUUGCGUUGCAUGCAGAGGCGCCUCUUCGACUGCUGGCCGUUGGCAAAACCGGCGACUCCCACGUGUUCAUCCACGAGACCGCCCGUAGAGGGCCCUCGAGAUAUGCAGCGCUGAGCCAUCCUUGGGGCGAAGGUCAAGACGCCGAAUAUGUGCACAAUGUCAAGACAAAGGAGGUCAACCUACAAGAAAGAAUGCGAGAUGGGAUUCGACUUUCUCUGCUGCCAAGAACAAUGCGCGAUGCGAUCUAUUUGACGCGCGAACUAUCUCUUCAGUACGUCUUUGUUGAUGCUUUAUGCAUUGUCCAAGACGACAAGGUCGAGAGAGACAGGGAAGUUCACAGAAUGGGACCCGUCUACGCAGGCUGCGCUCUUCUUUUGUAUGCAGCGAGGGCAAAGCAUGGCGACUCCGGAAUGCUGGGACCUGGCGAUUUGCACGCAAGCUACGGUGAAGUGUUCAGGCUUGCUUAUCGGAAUAACCGCAAUGGCGUGGAGGAACACGGCUCUGUAUUUGUUUGCAAUGGCUCCAUCUUGAAUGACAGCGAGCCAUUGGAUGACAGAGGAUGGGGAUAUCAAGAAGACAGAUUUGCGCCUCGCAAAUUGAUAUUUGGUUCUAAACAGACGCGUUGGGAGUGUGGCGGAUACCCUCCCGAGGACGGUCGCGCGAGCGAUGGAGGCUCUACCCUUGGCGAGAGCCCCUUUACUGUAUCCGACACCGCACGUUAUGAAGGUGGUUGUUGGAAGAUCAACCCCAAUGAGCCCAAUUUUGAAGAGCGAAUGCAUCAAGCGUGGAUGGCCGCAGUCAAUGAAAUAUCCAAGCGGAAAUUCAGUCACCCUGGCCAGAGGCUGCCGGCUUUGCAUGCCACUGCGUUGACGUUUGAGGCCAAGAUGGGCUUUCAAAUGUCCGCCGAUUACUGGGACGGCAUAUGGGGACCCGAUGCCGUUCGCCAACUGCAGUGGUGUGUAUCGAAGCCCGAAAAAAAGGAAGAAAGAUCCGGGCCUUCUUGGCAGUGGGCAUCCUGGGAAGGUGCGGUGGUUGAUGGAGUGAUGUUGGACUGGGGAGACAAAGUCCCAGAUAGCAUCGAACUCGAUGCGAACAAAACUCUCUCUGUCAAAGGAGCCUCCAUGGCCAGCGUUUGCGUGAGCAAGGGUUGGGAAGAUGGAGAAGGCGCCUGGAUUACUCCUAUCGAGGGCAAAGCCCCUCUCAGAAUAUAUUGGGACUAUCGGCCGCAGCUGGCUGAUGAGGUUCGAAUCCUGCUCCCUCCACCUCCUCCCCGCUUACCCGUGGCAAGGAUAACCCGGCUGGCUAUCGACAACAACCACCCGCCUGUGCCGUCGAGCCCACACUUGUUGGGAACUUCGUCUCCAUGGCUACAAACGACCGACAGCUCCGCUGUUUGGACACAGGCCCCUCUCGAUGAAGAGCCGUCAACUGCCGUCAGACGAAUCCUCCGUGCGCCUGAAGGCACGGGGUCGCGUCAGUGA